AAUGAGAGUACUAGUUACUCAUCUUCCUGCAAAUAAUACUCCUGAUCUACUGCCCAAUGAAAUUUUACUAAGUAUCUUCAAAUAUAUCAACUCCCAUGAUCUCCUUUACAAUGUGGCAAAUGUCUGCAAACGAUGGCAUAUUUUGACACAAGACUCAAGUCUGUGGCGUUCCCGCAGCAUAGAUGAUGAAGAUAUGCUAAUGAAUGAUCUGCAACUACUAGCAUUAGCACCGACUCUGAACAGAGUAUCACUGCAUACAGAUUUUCCUAAAGAUGAAGUGCUAUCAGCAUUGCUCUCUGGGAGCAAAGAUCUACAGAGCCUCAAGCUUCAUUUCCGAGAAGGACCCUUAAGUGUGCCACAACUAAAAGAUUUACUGCCUGCAUUUCCAAAUUUGAGAAGCCUUGAUUUGCAGCUCCCUUCUGCUUCACAUGACCAAGCACUUUUCAGUGCUUUCCAUGCAUUGAUUAAGCUCGAGAGCCUUAGACUAACUGGUUUUGUUUCUCCAGUAUCUGAACUUCUAAAUGCUAUAACAGUGCACUGUAUUUCUUUGCAUACUCUUCACUUGGUAGACUGCUUAAUAUUUUUUCGAGAUGAGCAUCUUGUUGCUCUUGUUUCUGAUGGGAGGCCAUGGAAAUCUCUAAAAUUGGUCACUUAUUUCAUUUCUGAGGCUGCUUACAACUAUUUUGCAUGUCUGAAGGAACUUCAACAGCUUGCCCUAAUUAAGUGCAAGUCAUUGACAGAGGAAAAUUUGCUACAAAUAGCAUCACUUCCUCACCUAACAGAAUUAACUAUAUCAGAAAACUGCCUAUUGAGUUCAAGUGGUUUGAGCACUUGUUUUCAAAUCCAACCUAUGGCAUCACUCCUUGAUAUAGAUCUUACAGUUUACAGAGCAGAUGAUGAUGUUGCCUUGGCCAUAGCCACAACAUGCAGCCAGCUAGUUCGCCUACGGCUGGCAAUGUGCCUUUUGACUGAUGACGGCCUGCGGAGUAUUAUUCUCAAUGCUUCAAAGCUACAAGAUUUGGAUUUAGAAUGCAAUAUUAUUCGUGGACAAUGCCUCUACCUGAUACCAAACCAUUUACCAAACCUAAUUCGGCUUAAUAUUCAUUUAUGUUACAAUGUUUUGGUCAAUUUAAAUGAAAUUGUGGCAAGACUAACAACAUUGAAAAUUAUAGAUCCUGCAGGUAUUGUAUUAGCUGGCAGAGCAGUAAAAUCCAAUCGGUCAUUUGCAGCUAAAUGAAAACCAGAGGCUAGAUGCCAGCACAGUAAAGAUGAUUAUGACUACCAUUACCGAGAGGAAGUUGUACUUUUUGAACUGUUACUUACAAUGUUGCAAUCAAAAGAUUUGUCUUUCUCUU